AAAAACAUGUCAAAACUCUAACCUAAAAAAAUAUCAAGUGUUUACUUGAAGAGUUGCUGCUAUUUAUAAAUAAAUAAAUGUGUAAUAAAUAAACAAAAUGGCAGACGUCCGUGACAUUUUGGACAUUGAAAGUCCAGCAGCCGGAGAAUUAACACGUGAGUCUAUAUUUGGUAACAAAAAAACAGUUAGAAAAUAUGAUUACAAAGUUCCUAAACGUCCUGAGGGGAUGCAUCGUGAGGUGUUCGCAUUAUUGUGCAAAGACAAUACUGACGUGCCACCAAUUUACCCCACUGACACCGGGAAAGGGUACAAGCAAGCUCGUGCUAAGCUUGGUAUGAAAAAAGUGCGCCCUUGGAAAUGGACACCAUUUACAAACCCAGCUCGUACUGACGGUGCUGUAUUCCAUCACUGGAGACGCGUUGCUGAUAAUACCAAAGAGUAUCCAUUCGCAAAGUUCAAUAAAAAAAUUCCUGUUCCAAGUUACAGCAACACGGAAUACAACCAGCACCUGGCUGUCAACGGAUGGACCCGCGCAGAGACAGAUCAUUUGUUUGAUUUGUGCCGCAGGUUCGAUUUGAGGUUCAUUGUCAUCCAGGACAGGUGGGACAGGAGUAAAUUUCCUCCUAGAACUGUCGAAGAUUUGAAGGAAAGGUAUUACCAGGUUUGCGGCGCGCUGACUAAAUCUAAAUCUUAUUCAGAUAAAAUUUACGUAUUUGAUGCUGACCAUGAGAAGCGACGUAAAGAACAACUGAAAAAAUUAUUCGAACGCACGCCGGAGCUGGUCGGUGAAGAGCAAACUCUGCUGACGGAGCUGAGAAAAAUAGAGCAGAGAAAAAAAGAACGAGACCGCAAGACACAGGACCUGCAGAAACUGAUCACCGCUGCUGACCAUCAAGCAGACCCGCGUAAAAAUGAACGGAAGCAGGCAUCGAAAAAGACGACGACUACAGCCAGAAACAGGCCCAAUAAAUCCGAUGCUGCCUACACGCAGAAGCUCCAAGUGGUCGAGUCUGCGGGAAUCAAAUUCCCAGAUUUCAAAAAUAGCGGCGUGAGUUUACGCGGCCAGAGACUGAAGUUACCCAGCAGUCUAGGUCAGAAGAAGAUAAAAGUUAUUGAAACGAUGCUGAAUGAACUGAAAAUGGAUUUAAAUCCCCCGCCUACUGAAGAGAUUUGCCAACAAUUUAAUGAACUGAGGAGCGACAUCAUUCUGCACUUUGAAUUACAAGGAGCUCUCGCUACUUGCAAUUACGAACUUCAGUCACUGCGUCAUCAGUACGAGGCUCUAGCGCCUGGAAAAACUCUGACUAUCCCAGCAGCGCUGAUGCCUAAAAACGAAGAGGUAAAAUCUGAAAUAAUUGAUGUCGUUGGAUGUAUAUAAUUAAUUACACACUAAUUACCGAUUUCCAUUCAGUACCAGACUGGGAAAUUAAAAACUUCUCUAUAAAAAAUGUAUUUUUAAUUAAUUAAUUAAAAAAAAAUAAAUUACUGGUAUUUAAAAUUAUCGUAAUAAAUUACGAUCUUAUUGAUAAUCAAUUAAGUAAUAAAAUAUAAUAAUUAAUUGUAAUUGCAAGUGUAAUUUAAGUUUUAAAUGAAUGGUAAUAC